AUGUCGUCCGGCAGCCCUCACAGAUUAUACGUUAAGGGAAAGCACUUGUCUUACCAGAGGGGGAAGCGCAAUACCGACCCAAACACCUCUCUCAUCAAGAUUGAGGGCGUUGAUAGCACCGAAGAUGCUCAAUUCUACCUCGGAAAGCGAGUAGCAUAUGUCUACCGCUCCAAGAAGGCCAUCCGAGGCUCUAAGAUCCGUGUCAUCUGGGGCAAGAUCACAAGGCCACACGGAAACAAUGGCGUCGUCAGGUCGAAAUUCAGAAACAACCUCCCUCCCAGCUCGUUCGGCGCCACUCUUAGAAUAAUGCUCUACCCAUCCAACAUCUAA